UAAAAACAUAAACAUUUAAUGUGAUAUCAAUUUUAGAUAAAAGUAAAUGGACAUAAUAGUCAGGUGAUUAUUAGAUACAAUUAUAAUGAGACUUCAAAGGGUUAGCAUAUUUUGGAAAUGUAAAUUAAAACCUUUUUACCAUACACCAACACCAAGAUUUAUAAGUCAAGACAAUACGCAACCUAAAAUAAGCGCAGCAAGUGACCUGAAUCACUUGGAAGUUUGUCCAACAUGGCCAGCAGACGAAGAGCCAGAGUUACGUGCAAAUGUGUUACGUGACAUGCGCAUCAUACCUAACUUCAUCACUGAACAGGAGGAAACUACAUUGUUGGCUGAACUAGAACCUGUACUCAAACGUAUGCGCUAUGAAUUUGAUCACUGGGAUAAUUUUUGCGGCGGCGUGAUAGCGGGUCUGUGCCUGUUAUCUAGCGCGGUGAUGAGGCUGGAACACCCUGAGAAGAAACAUCUCGCUGUAGACGCGUUACUGGAGAGACGAUGCUUAUAUAUCAUGAGAGGCGUGGCGCGGUACAACAUGUCGCACUCGGUGUGUGGCACUAGUGACAGCGUGUGGCGCGGGGCGACUGUACCGCGGCGACGGCGCGUGGCCGUCAUACUGAGGCAGCGGCCGCUCACGCAACACACACAGUAGAUAUGUCAUCAGUUCACUUUAUCCACGCCCACAUGUAUAAAGGUCAAAAUUUUCUCAAUUUGGUGCUAAGUGCUCGCUUAAUUAAUAAAAUGCUUCAAAACAUCAAGUUAACCGUACCGAACAUUAUUUUUCGUGUUCAUUAGAAGGAAUUAUGUAGCGCACUUUUAAACGUGAUUAGGCUUGAUGCACGCAGGCUCGUAUGAA